CCUCCGUAGGAGUGUUGAAGGAGGACAGACGUGUCCUGAACCUUCACACCCCAGCCCCGAGGGACGCCUCGGUGGUGUUUGUAGGGGAGAACUGACAAGUUCGUCAGACUCCCCAAAUCCGUAGGCAGGCCUCCCCUGCCAUCUGAAUCUGAAUACUGGCCGCGGCUCCUUGGUUGUUGUCUAGUCUGUGUUGUCUGGUCUGUGUCAACAUUGUAGUCAUCUUUGUGUAUGUGUGUGUAAGUGUGCUGGUGUGGACGCGUGGACAGGACAGGACGACACAGCCAUGGGACAGACAUUGACUACUCCUCUAACUUUGACUCUGACUCAUUUCUCGGACGUCCAAGCAAGAGCUCACAAUCUUUCCCUUGAGGUUCGGAAAGGUCGAUGGCGAACUUAUUGUUCAUCAGAGUGGCCCACCCUAUCCGUAGGGUGGCCCCGGGACGGGACUUUUGACCUCUCUAUUAUAUUACAGGUUAAGACGAAGGUAAUGGAUCCCGGACCACAAGGUCAUCCAGAUCAAGUAGCCUAUAUCCUCACUUGGGAGGAUCUCAUUCGGAAUCCUCCGGCAUGGAUGAAACCCUUCCUCCCUUCCUGCCCCCUAUCUCAAUCUACCCUUCUUCCCCUGAAAACCUCAAAAGACCGUGCCUCAACCCAAGCUUCAGACCUGCCCAAACCAGUUCUUCCUGAUAAGUCCCAAAAGGACCCUCUUCUCCUAGACGCUUUGUCCUCGCCGCCCUACAACCCCCUCUUACAGCCUCCACCCUAUAAUCCGCCCCUGGCCCCCGCCUUGACCCCGGUGGCCCCUACUUCCCUUCCUGCCUCCAGUUCCUCCUCCCCCUCCCCAAUUUCUUCCCCCGCCUCCGUCUCCGGCGAUCAGACGACCCGAACGGCCCUCCCACUUGGCAAUCUUCCCUGUUUCCUCUCCGGACUGUCAACCGGACUAUCCAGUAUUGGCCAUUUUCUGCAUCUGAUCUUUACAAUUGGAAAACUCAUAACCCUUCCUUUUCCCAAGAACCCCAGGCCCUAACCUCACUGAUAGAAUCUAUCCUCCUCACACACCAGCCCACCUGGGACGACUGCCAGCAGCUCCUACAGGUCCUUUUGACUACAGAGGAAAGGCAACAAGUUCUCCUGGAGGCUUUCCAACCCAGCUCCCCAACGAAAUAGAUGAGGGGUUUCCCCUCACCCGCCCGGACUGGGACUAUGAAACGGCUCCAGGUAGGAGACUCCGUGUACGUCCGGCGGCACCGCUCUCAAGGAUUGGAGCCUCGUUGGAAGGGACCUUACAUCGUCCUGCUGACCACGCCCACCGCAGCAUUCACCACCGGAGCUACAGGCCUAGGUGUCUCCGUCACCCAGUAUACAAAAUUAUCCCAUCAGUUAAUAUCUGAUGUCCAAGUCUUAUCCGGUACCAUACAAGAUUUACAAGACCAGGUAGACUCGUUAGCUGAAGUAGUUCUCCAAAAUAGGAGGGGACUGGAUCUACUGACGGCAGAACAAGGAGGAAUUUGUUUAGCCUUACAAGAAAAAUGCUGUUUUUAUGCUAACAAGUCAGGAAUUGUUAGAGAUAAAAUAAGAACCCUACAAGAAGAAUUACAAAAACGCAGGGAAAGCCUGGCAUCCAACCCUCUCUGGACCGGGCUGCAGGGCUUUCUUCCGUACCUCCUACCUCUCCUGGGACCCCUACUCACCCUCCUACUCAUACUAACCAUUGGGCCAUGCGUUUUCAGUCGCCUCAUGGCCUUCAUUAAUGAUAGACUUAAUGUUGUACAUGCCAUGGUGCUGGCCCAGCAAUACCAAGCACUCAAAGCUGAGGAAGAAGCUCAGGAUUGAGCUUCCGGGACAAAAGCAGGGGGGAAUGAGAAGUCAGAACCCCCACCUUUGCUACAUAAAUAACCGCUUAUGCGCCCCACCCUAACCGCUUUCAUUUCGCUUCUGUAAAACCGCUUAUGCGCCCCACCCUAGCCGGAAAGUCCCCAGCCGCUACGCAACCCGGGCCCCGAGUUGCAUCAGCCGCUUCGCAACCCGGGCUCCGAGUUGCAUCAGCCGAAAGAAACUUCAUUUCCCAAGCUUCCCCGGGACGAAAUUACCCACAACCCCAACCACCACCGAGCAGAGAGCCUAUCGCCAGCCUGUAUGCAAAUGUAACUCAAAAUGGUAUAAAAGACCUGUAACCCCGUU